AUGGCACCCAAGGGAAAGGGCAAGACCUCAACCGGCCCCCAAACCUCAACGACAACCAGCAAGGGGACUCAGACAACUCCACUGGGGCCGGUUGGGAUCAAGCGUAGGCAUAGCGAGACCUUUACCACACCGGAGCCGGCGCUUCGAAGACGUCGGAAUGACCAAAUGAGCCCACCCCCCAAGCGACGCCGUUUAGCUAGCACUCCGCCUACUUCUAGCACUCCGCCUAUUUCUAGCACUCCGCCGACUUCUAGCACUCCGCCUAUUUCUAGCACUCCGCCUACUUCUAACACUCCGCCUACUUCUAACACUCCGCCUAUUUCUAACACUUCGUCUACUUCUGCCGAGGGGAGACCCUCCGUGGACGACUCAAAGCCACUACAUCCCGAGGAUGUUCAUCAUAUGAUCGACCAAUACAUGCAAUCUAUGGUCGGGGACCUAAAUAACGAAUAUCUCGAUAGGACAGCCUGGUUUUACGGCGGCAUGUAUAAUGCUUCCUUAGUGUUCGUCGCUCAGAUGGCUGCGAAAACGGAGAUGGCGAACCAUCGUGAGACCGACGAAGAUGAUGAUGGGGAGCCCCUGCCCUCAUAUUCGGAGAUUUGGGACGAUUUUGAGGACGAGCUCCCUGAUUGGGAUUUGGAUGGAGGAGCCCAAGGUGGCUCGGGAGGAGAACCAUAG